AAAGGUUCAUCUCUCUGCACCCUGACCUGCAGAACCUUCCACCGUGUUCCUCAGGAUGCUGUAAUCCGUCCAUUAACAGGCCGUCUGUCCGUCCCCCCAGAGCCGCCCACCGUGUCCGUCCAGCCCCAGAACCAGACCUUCGUGAGCGGCCAGGAGGCCCGGAUCAGCUGCUCGGCCCGCGGCCACCCCCCCCCUCGCCUGGAGUGGAGCCACGACCACGUCCUCAUCACGGGGUCCAGCAGGCACCGGGUGAGUCCCGAUGGAGCGCUGGUCAUCAGGACCACGGGGCGGGGGGACGCCGGGGUGUACGGCUGUCUGGCCACCAACCAGGCCGGGACGCACACGCAGUCCUCCACCCUGACCUACAUCGAGUCUCCGGUGGUGACGGAGGCCCUCACUGAGAUCCUCGUCGGUCUGGGAGAGACGGCCGUCAUGGCCUGUUCAGCGACAGAUCCUCAGCCUGAGAUCUGGUGGUACAAAGGAGAGACACCGUGGGGCCGGUCCCCCCGGGUGGAGGUGGACGCGCUGGGCGGCACCAUGACCAUCAACGACACCCGGGCCGCGGACGCCGGCGACUACACCUGCGUGGCGGGGAACUCGGCGGGCAAAUCCUCCGGGAGCAUCACCCUGGACGUGGGAGCCCUGCCCACCUUCUCCCAGCAGCCGGUCGAUGUGUGGGCCGACCUGGGCUCCAACGUGACGCUGGCGUGCGUCGCCCAGGGGUACCCCGAGCCGCUGGUCACCUGGCGGCGGGGGGACGGCUCCUCCCUCCUCCAGCGGGGCCCCUCCCCAGCACCGUCACCCAGAGCCGCGGGGCUGCACCUCAUCAACCUGUGGGUGGAGGACGAGGCGGUGUACGUGUGCGAGGCCCACAACCACUUCGGCAGCGCCCAGGCCCGGGCGAAGGUCACGGUGACCGGACUGGUGGCCCCCCUGCUGGCCCCCGGGCCCGGGCUGCUCAGCGUGGUGGAGCAGCAGCCGCUCACCCUGCCCUGCCUGCUGCUGGCCGGGAACCCCCUGCCCCAGAGGCAGUGGCUCCACAACCACGGCCUGCUGACCUCGGACCAGUACGUGACGGUGCGUCGGGACGGCAGUCUGCACAUCGAGAGGGUCCGUCUGGAGGACGCCGGGGAGUACACCUGCCUGGCCGAGAACCUGGUGGGGGCCAGCAACCACAGCACCCUGCUGCAGGUCUACGUGACCCCCACCAUCCAGCACGGGCCCCAGGUGUUUGGGACGGUGGAAGGCACCGGCCUCGCUCUGCCCUGCCGGGCCAACGGCCUGCCCCCCCCAGAGAUCACCUGGGCCAAGGCCGGGCAGCAGCUGGACCUGGGGGGUCCGGCCUUCUCCCUGGACCCCGACGGCAGCCUCCGCAUCAGCUCCCCCUCGGGGGAGGAGACGGGGGAGUUUGUCUGCACGGCCACCAACGCGGCCGGCUCCAGCUCCAGGAAGGUCCAGCUCACCGUCUACGUGCGCCCCAGGCCCAGCGGGGGGGACGGGGGUCCUGCCGGCCCGGCAGAGCCCCCCAGGGUGUCGGUGUUGGAGGGCCAGGACGUCACGCUGCCCUGUGGGGUCCACAGCUUCCCCCCCCCCACCAUCACCUGGGCCAGGGGGAGGCAGCUCAUCUCCCCCUUCUCCCCCAGACAUAAGCAGCUCCCCUCUGGGUCAAUGAGGCUCUUGGAGAGCAGGGUGCCAGACUCGGGCCUGUAUGUGUGUGUUGCUUCCAACAUCGCUGGCAACCUCAGCCAGUCCAUCCACCUCAGCGUUCUGGUGCCCCCCAGCAUCCAGCCGGGCCCCCGGGUGAUGAAGGUGGCUCUGGGCCACCCCGUGGAGCUGCCCUGUGUGGCCCUCGGGGACCCCCCGCCCUCCGUCAGCUGGUCCCGGGACAGCGCCCGCUACCCGGCCGCGGCGGACGGCAGCCUGGCCCUGGGCGCCGUGGGGCUGGGGGACCAGGGGACCUACGCCUGCCGGGCCUCCAGCAGCGCCGGCUCUGCCGAGGCCCGGGUCCAGCUGCUGGUGCAGGUGCCCCCAGUGGUUGAGGUCCUGGAGCCCCCCUUCAACAGCCCCCUGCAGGAGAGAGUGGCCAACCAGCGCAUCGCCUUCCCCUGCCCCGCCACCGGUCUUCCUAAGCCUGUGAUUCGCUGGCUGCGUGACGGCGUGGAGCUGAGUGGCAGCGAGCCGGGCGUGUCCAUCCUGGAGGACGGCACGCUGCUCCUCCUGUCUGCGGUGUCGCCGCUGGACAGCGGAGAGUACAGCUGCACCGCCGCCAACGACGCCGGCUCCACCCAGAAGAAGUACCAGCUCAAGGUCAACGUGCCGCCGGUGUUCCGGGGCGAGGCGUUGCCGGGCAACGUGUCUGUGGACCUGAGCCAGCCCGCCAGCCUGAGCUGUGACGUCACAGGAAGUCCUGCCCCCUUCGUUACCUGGUACAAGGACGGGAAUCUGGUGGUUCCGGGGAACAGCGUCCAGAUCCUGGACGGGGGGAGGACCCUGCGGCUGCUGAAGGCAGCGCCCGCGGACGCAGGCAGCUACAGCUGUAAAGCCAUCAACAUCGCCGGCAGCACAGACAAGGACUUCUUCCUCGAUGUCCUGGUCCCUCCCAGUAUCAUAGGGACAGCUUCUCCAAAGGAUCUCUCUAGUGUUCUCAACCAAGAGGUCAGUCUGGAGUGCAAGGUCAAAGGUCAGCCCUUCCCCACCGUCCAGUGGUACAAAGACCGAAAGCCGGUGUUCCUGGGGGACCCUAACCUGGAGGUCACCGACCGAGGUCAGCUGCUGAGGAUCCGUAGCUCCCGUCUGGGCGACGCGGCCCUCUACCAGUGCAGCGCCAGCAACGCCGCCGGGAGGCUGCUCAAGGACUUCAACCUCAGCGUCUACGUGCCCCCGUCCAUCAGGGGGGGCAACGUGACCUCGGCGGUGGUGGCCGUCCUGGACUCGGCGGUGACCCUGGAGUGCGAGGCCCGCGGCGUGCCGCUGCCCGCCGUCACCUGGUACCGCGGCGGCCAGGUGCUGCUGUCUAGCCGCCAGGCGCAGUACGGGGAGCGCGGACGCUUCCUGGAGAUCCCCCGCGCCCAGGCCCGGGACGCCGGCCGCUACGCCUGCAGGGUGACCAGCGUGGCGGGGACGGCCGAGAAGAGCUACGAGCUGGACGUCUACCUACCCCCCACGGUGACCGGGGCCACCGACGGCCCCACAGAGAGGAGGGUGGUCCUGGGGAAGGCCCUGGUGUUGGGCUGCCAGGCCUCGGGACACCCCCCCCCCUCCCUCACCUGGCUGAAGGACGGCGUCCCCGUGCAGGACGGGGGGGGCGUGGCCGUCGCCCAGGAGGGGGCGGAGCUCCGCAUCGACGCCGCCGACGUCUCCGACGCAGGACACUAUGUCUGCGUAGCAACCAGCGUCGCCGGGGAGAAGGCCGUCCAAUACGACGUCACCGUUCUAGUCCCGCCCUUCGUCGAGGGCAGCGCCGAGGUCACAGAGGUCACGGUGGUCCUCGACAGCCCCCUGGAGCUGGAGUGUUACGCCACCGGGGCCCCCGCGCCCAGCAUCAGGUGGGUUAAGGACGGCCAGCCGCUGGGGCAGGGAGAGGGGGUCCGAGUGGCGGCGGGGGGACGCCUGCUGCUGCUGGCCCGCGCCCAGGCCUCAGACACGGCGCGCUUCCAGUGCGUGGCGACCAACGAGGCGGGAGAACACGACCGGGACUUCAACGUGGCCGUCCACGUGCCCCCGUCCAUCCGGCCCUCUGGCCCCCCCGACCGCUCGGUGGUCCUCCACGGGGCCCUCAGCCUGCAGUGCGUCCCCAGCGGGGCCCCCACCCCCAGCAUCACCUGGCUCAAAGACGGCCGCCCCGUGGACACGGCGCAAGAGCACCUCAAGCUCCAGUCUGCGGGCCGGGUGCUGCAGGUGACCCAGGCCAGACUAGAGGAUUCUGGGAGGUACUCCUGCGUGGCCACCAACGCCGCCGGAGAGGUCCAACAACAUCUACGUCUGAGUGUCCAUGAGCCCCCCAGAAUCCCCUACUCUGGAGAAGUCGUCAACCAGACCAUCUUGUCUGGCUUCUCAACACAGCUGGAAUGCAAGGCGACUGGCAGCCCUAUCCCCGCGAUCACGUGGUACAAAGAUGGCCGCCCGCUGAGCGGCGCGGGCGGGGGCGUGGCCCUGCUGCGGCGCGGAACCGUGCUGGAGGUCGGACGCGCCCGCGUGACGGACGCCGGACUGUACCGCUGCGUGGCCGCCAACGUGGCCGGCAGCGCAGAGGCCUCCACCCGGCUGCACGUCCACGUGCCCCCGCUGAUCUCCAGCCGCGGCGGCACUGUGACGGUGGUGGUGAACGAGGCCGCCCGGCUGGACUGCGAGGCCACCGGCCUCCCCCCGCCCAGCCUCACCUGGCUCAAAGAUGGCCGCCCCGUCGCCAGCGUGUCAGACGGCAUCCAGGUGUUGUCCGGCGGCCGGCAGCUGUCCCUGACCAGCUCCCAGGUCAGCGAUACGGGCUCCUACACCUGUGUGGCCGUCAACUCUGGGGGGGAGCAGCAGCGAGAGUACGACCUGAGAGUAUACGUGCCCCCCAACAUCAGUGGGGAGGAGGCCAACGCCACCGUGAUGCUGGGGGGUCCCGUGGAGCUGCUCUGCCAGAGCGACGCCAUCCCCCCGCCCACGCUGUCAUGGCGCAAAGAUGGCCGCCCGCUCUUCAGAAAACCAGGACUCAGCGUCUCAGAGAACGGGAGGCUCCUUAAGAUCGACAGCUCCCAGGUCCAGGACUCCGGCCGCUACACCUGUGAGGCCACCAACGUCGCCGGCAAGACGGAGAAGAACUACAACCUCAACGUCUGGGUGUCUCCCAGUAUCCGGGCCUCGGAGGACGUCACUCCGCUGACGGUGGUCGAGGGGAGUCUGAUAACUCUGGUGUGCGAGUCCAACGGGAUCCCCCCCCCCAGCCUGGCCUGGAGGAAGAACGGAGCUGAGCUGAAGGCCGACCCCCGGGUCAGGGUUCUGUCGGGGGGGCGCCAGCUGCAGAUCUCCCGGGCUGAGAGGGCCGACUCCGCCUCCUACACCUGCAGCGCCACCAGCUCCGCCGGCACCGCCUCCAAGGAGUACAGCCUCCAGGUCUACGUCCGCCCUUCCAUCAAACACAGCGUGGGCGGGGCCGGGGACGUGGGCGGGGCUGGGGACGUGACCGUGACCAGGGGCGGCGACAUCCGCCUGCGGUGCGACGCCGACGGCGUGCCCCGCCCAGCGGUGACCUGGCUGAAGGACGGCCGGCCAAUCACGGGCCAGCUCGGUGCGGCGCUCCUGGACGAGGGCCGGCUGCUGCAGAUCACCGACGCCAAAGUGUCGGACACGGGGCGCUACAGCUGCGUGGCGGUCAACGUGGCGGGACAGGCCGACAGCCGGCACGACGUCAGCGUCCACGUCCCCCCCAGCAUCGCGGGGCAGCUGCUGGUCCCGGAGAACGUGAGCGUGGUGGUGAAGAACCCCCUGGCCCUUACCUGCGAGGCCUCGGGCAUCCCCCUUCCCGCCAUCACCUGGUUGAAGGACCAACAGCCAAUCACAGCCUCCAGCUCGGUGCGCAUCCUCUCCGGGGGGCGGAGCCUGCGCCUGACGCACGCUGCAGUGGAGGAUGCUGGGAGAUACACGUGUGUGGUCACCAACAGCGUUGGAGAGGAGAGGAAGACUUUUGACCUCGACGUUCUCGUCCCACCCAGCAUUGUGCAUGAGGGCACUCUGGUGGAUACCAAGGUGAAGGAGAAACACAACAUCACCCUCUCCUGUGAGGCUGCUGGUAACCCCGUCCCGGAGCUCCGCUGGCAGAAGGACGGCCGGCCGCUGCCGCCGGACGGGCGCCACCAGGUGCUGUCCCACGGCCGCCGGCUGCACCUCUCCGGGGCGGCGGUGUCCGACACCGGCCGCUACAGCUGCCUGGCGUCCAACAGCGCGGGGGAGCGCAGCCGACACAUCAACAUCAACGUCCUGGUGUCUCCCACCAUCGCUGGCUCGGGCCCCGAGGGCUCUGCUGAGGAGGUGACCGUCACCCUUAGCAACCCCACCUCCCUGGUGUGCGAGGUGCAGUCGUACCCGGCCGCCCUCGUCACCUGGCUGAAGGACGGCCGCCCCUUCCAGUCUGGCAACAGCGUCCGGGUCCUUCCAGGCGGGCGGACGCUGCAGAUCCUGAGCGCUACAGAGGAGCAUGCUGGGAGAUACACGUGUGUUGCCACCAAUGAGGCGGGAGAGACGCUGAAGAACUACGAGGUCAAGGUCUUUGUCCCGCCUCAGAUCAACAAGAACGACAUCCCGGGGGAGGGGCUGAACCCCAAGGAGCUGAAGGUGAAGGUCAACCACAGCCUGACCCUGCACUGUGAGGCCCAGGCCGUCCCCACGCCGGCACUGCAGUGGUACAAGGACGGCCAGGUCUUGCGGGCCGACGCCCACGUCAGCAUCACGGCCGGGGGUCGGGUGGUGCAGAUCCAGCAGGCCCAGGUGGAGGACACCGGCCGGUACACCUGCAUCGCCACCAACGUGGCCGGAGAGGACGAGAAGGACUUUGAUGUAAAUAUACAAGUGCCGCCGAGUUUCAACAGAGCGGGCGAUACCAUCUCUCCCCCUGGCAGCGGGGGUGAGGCCAAGGAGGUGGUCCUCAACAACCCGCUGUCUCUGUACUGUGAGACCAACGCCGUCCCCCCGCCCACCCUCUCCUGGUACAAAGACGGGCGGCUGCUGGCGUCCAACGACAGAGUGCUCAUCCUGCCAGGAGGGCGUGUGCUCCAGAUACCGAGGGCCCAGGCCGACGACUCGGGGAGGUACACGUGUGUGGCGGUCAACGAGGCUGGGGAGGACUCCCUUCAGUACGAUGUUAGGAUCCUACUGCCUCCAGUCAUAAGGGGAGGAGAAACUGAUCUUCCCGAUGAGGUCACAGUUCUAGUCAACAAGACCACCCAAUUGGAAUGCCACGUUGACGGAAGUCCCGCCCCUAAAACCACCUGGCUGAAGGACAGCCAGCCAAUCAGUUCCGAGGGCCGCUACAGACUCCUCCCAAACGGCCGCACACUGCAGGUGUUGAACGCACAGGUGUCAGACACGGGCCGCUACGUGUGUGUAGCGGACAACGUAGCGGGCAGCGCAGAGAAGUCUUUCAACGUCAACGUUCACCUGCCUCCCAGCAUCGUGGGCCCCAGCCCUGAGACCCAGACGGUGGUGGUCAACCACUUCAUAUCGCUGACCUGCGAGGCCUCAGGCUUCCCCCCGCCCUCGCUCAGCUGGCUGAGGGACCGCGGCCCGGUGGCGCCCCACUCCAACGCGGUCAUCAUGCCAGGCGGUCGGACCCUGCAGAUCCUGAGGGCCAGAGAGUCAGACGGAGGGAGGUACACCUGCGUGGCCGUGAACCCAGCGGGGGAGGCCCGGAGAGUCAUCUCCCUCACCGUGUUGGUCCCUCCCAGUAUCCGGGACUGGAGUGGGGAGUCCCCGGUGGUGGUGAGUGUGCGGCUGGGCAAGGCGGUGACCCUGGAGUGUGAGUCCAAUGCCGUGCCCCCCCCCACCAUCACCUGGUACAAGAACGGCCGCGCGGUCAGCGAGACGGCCCACCUGCAGCUCUGGGCCCGGGGCCAGAGGCUGGAGAUCAGAGGGGCCGAGGUGUCUGAUACCGGCCAAUAUGUUUGCAAAGCCUCCAAUGUCGCCGGGCAAGUGGACAAGAACUUCCACCUGAAUAUCUACAUACCUCCCAGUAUAGACGGUCCUCCAGAGGAACACGUGGUGGAAACCAUCUCCAACCCAGUGACCCUGGCCUGCGACGCCAGUGGGAUCCCCCCACCCAGCCUGACCUGGCUGAAGGACGGCCGGACCAUCGAGACCUCGGAGUCCCUGGAGAUGCACAUCCUGUCAGGGGGCAGCCGGCUGCAGAUCGCCCGCUCCCAGCCGGCCGACGGAGGACCCUACACCUGCGUGGCGUCCAACCUCGAGGGCGAGGCCCGCAAGAGCUACCAGCUGCUCAUACAAGUGCCUCCCAGUAUCUCCGGCUCUGAGAUGCCCAGCGACGUGGGGGUGCUGCUGAACCAGAGCGUCCAGCUGCAGUGCCGCGCCGAGGGCAGCCCCCCGCCCACCGUCCAGUGGCUGAAGGACGGGGAGCGGCUCAACGGGACGGGGGGCGGCGGCAACGGGACGGGGGGCGGAGCCAAUGGGACGGGGGGCGGCGCCGACUGGACGGGGGCGGAGCCAACACUCAGCAGCAGCCCGGAUGGCGCCGUGCUCACCGUGGCCGCGGCGCGCCCCUCCGACAGCGCCAAGUACACCUGCGUGGCCACCAACAGCGCCGGGGAGGACGACCGCAUCUUCAACCUCAACGUGUUCGUGCCCCCCACCAUAGAGGGGACCAGCGAGCCACCCCAGGGCCUGACGGCCGUCCUGGACGGCGCUGUGACCAUGCGGUGUGUGGUCAGAGGCUCCCCCCCCCCCCAGAUCAACUGGCUGAGGAACGGCCUCCCGCUGCCCGUCUCCUCCCACGUCCGGCUGCUCUCGGCCGGCCAGGCGCUCCGGAUCGCCCGCACCCAGGUGUCCGACGGCGGCUCCUACACCUGCGUGGCGUCCAACCGGGCCGGGGUGGAGAACAGACACUACAACCUGCAGGUCCACGUGCCCCCCCGCCUGGACCGAGCGGGGUCCACGGAGGACGUGACGGUGGUGAGGGGGAACCCGGCCUCUCUGGUCUGCAUCGCCGACGGGACCCCCCCCCCCACCCUGUCCUGGUUCAGGGACGGCCUGGAGCUGGACCCCGACCUGGAGCUCCGCCUCCUCCACCUGAACACCACCCUGGAGCUGCCCCGGGCCGCGCCCAAUCACACGGCCCGCUACACCUGCCGGGCGGACAGCGUCGCCGAGGCCAGCCGCCACUUCAACCUCAGGGUGCUGGAGCCCCCCAGCAUCAACGGGUCCCAGGUUCCUGUGGAGGUGUCGGUGGUGGUCGACCACGCCCUGGAGCUGGAGUGUGAGGCGUGGGGGAAACUGAGGACUGAUGAGGACCUUCUAUUGGGAGAGUAG